CCUUUUCCCACUCGGAUUUCGCGCUUUUAUUUGGAAAGGCUGUAUAUUACUGUAAAGGCUAUAUUUUUCAUGCAAGUUUUAGACAAUGUUUGAAAACUACGAUGAUAUAGAUAGCUGGCCUAGCUGUCUAAAUUUUAUGAAGGACUUAGAUGAGAUCUGCAGAUGUCCUAUUUGCUAUGAUUUCAUGCAAGCACCUGUGAUACUUCCAAACUGCGAUCACAACUGUAGGAGAAAUGAUGUUUUCGAUAUUAGAUUAACAGCAGUUAUUAUAUUCAAGUACAGCAUUGCACUCGUGAUUGUUGGCGGCAUGCAACCUAUCCUUAAAUUACAGUUUCAUGCAUACAGGUACACAUACUCUAACACACUAUAAUGAUUAACUGCUGACAAACAGUUUGACUAAUUGCAUCUUUGAUGAUAAAAGAGAGCAUUGUGCAGACCAUAGGUGUUUAUAUCGCCAUACAAUAAUCUUUUGAAGUUGGGUUAAUGAGAGGUGCACAGACCGUCUAAUAAUGUCAUUAUUAUGUGGCAAGGUCCUUUUGACCUCAGGUCACACACAAUGAGACUGGCAUAAAUGCUGUAUUUUGGGCUAAUUUUUGAUCUAAAGAAAAGCGCAAUUUCAAACUUAAACACAGAACAACUGUUUGGUGUUCACAUAAAGAGGCAAGUAAAAUUAAAUUAAAGAAGUAAAAAUGUAGACUGAUGAGAACAGUGACUGGAUCCACACACUCACACAUAUUUCACAUAUCCAAAUAAAAUAGACUCAGAUUCAUUGUUUCAUGAGGUGGUAAAAUUGCCUGUGGGCUCUGCUGAAUCAGCUGUUUCUUAAGAGUGUAUGUGAUGCCAUAUUAAGAUGCUUGAAUAUUGAGUAUUGGGUACCAUGCCACUGAACAGAGGGUAUGAGUUGUAUGCCUUUAAUUGAUUGGAGGAUAUUUCAGGAUAUUUUUUUUUUUACUGCUUUAGUCAUAUUAGUCCAGUUAGAUAAAGCUCAUAGCAACUUGCAUGCCUUUCAGGAGAAUUAUAAUCAUAAUGUGCAAUUUAUGUAGCCCAGAAUCACAGUCAUCUCAGGGUAUGCACUCAGCACUUGUUACAAAAGUAAUUGCUCCAAAUAAGCUAAUUAGUGAUUGUAAUUGUGACUUUGGAAUCAUUAAUUUACUGUUUUAAAAGGCAAUAAAUAGAAAACAAUUAUUUCAGGUAUGAGGUUUAACUUCUACAAGGUGUAAGUCUGUAGUGUGGUGAUACUGUGGAAGAUAUUUUUAAGCAAGCAGUCUAUUCUGAGCUACUACCAACAGAAAGAAAAUUAGGUAUAUCCAUGUUUCAUGCUUUUAAGAGUUCAGACUGGACAUAAUGUCUGAGAAGCCUGUUUCAAAAAUAUAGUUAUGAUUGCCAACUGCACUUAAUAUGUAUUACAUUUGUUGCAGUUUGCUCUCUUUGUAUUCGUCAGUUUUUCAUCCGCAAGGAGCAUUGCCCAGUUUGCUUCAGUUCAUCAUCGAGCAAUCUUCUGAGAAACAACCGCAUUUUAGAAAGAGCUAUUUUGGAGCUUAAUAAAAUAAGGAAGCAUCUGCUUGAACUGGUGAAGAGAAACAGAAUCUCUACUGGAGCUUGUGAAAACGUGACCAGCCCAUCCCAGAAGACAUCCAUUCUUGAAAAUGGAAACAGCCCGCGACAAGUGCCUGUAAAGUACUGCAAGAAUGAUACACAGAUAGAAGGAAGCUGAAAACUAGGUCACAGAAUGUAGAAGAUAAUGUGCAGAUGACGUGGAAAGAAUUUAUCAUGAGCAAUGAACCUGGCAGUUUGAAUAAUUUGGAGUCUGCAGCUAUCCAUGAAGGUGACUCUGAUGUGGAAAUAAUCUCAGAUAACAGCAGCAGUAGAAUAGAAAAGCCAGGGAGUCCUCCGUGUUUCAUGAGGAGCAAAACCUAUUCAAGUGUCACUCCAAAACCUAAAACUAUCCAAAGUAAACUCUUUAGUCACAUGAAAAUGUCGACAGAUAAAAGAGCUACAGCCUCAGCUGACAAACCCAGUCCCAGUUCCAAUGACCUGGAAUUUUAACAUGUCAUGGAAAGAUGAUUCUAGAUCAUUGAUGCAGGAGGGUUUACAAUCCUCAAGAAAGUCAGCAAACAAGGAUAUUUAUGGUUCCUUGAAUACUUCCCCAACAAACAAAGUGGCUUGCCCAGUGUGUGGAGUUCCAGUGUUGCCUCAUGGAAUUAACAGCCAUCUUGACAUUUGCCUUUCUCGAGCUAACAAGAAGCUGACACUGAGACAGCCUGAAAUGAAGAAGCAUAUGACGAAGCUUGUGUACAAUUUGAUGUCAGAUAAAGAUAUACGUAAGCGGCUGCGAGAUCUCGGGCUAAGCACUGAUGGAGACAGACAGAUGUUGAUAAAGCGACACCAUGACUUCACAUUAUUAUAUAAUGCUAAUUGUGAUGCUCUGGUUUCUAAAGACAUGUCAGUCUUGAAAAAAGAAUUUGAGGAUUUGCAACAAAUGCAAAAGAAACUAGCAUUAAAGGAGUCCCCAGCCUGUCAGACGAUGCUGAAUUUCACUAAGAAUUCAAGUCAAGAGGACAUUGAGAGAGCCCAGAAAUUAUAUGCUCGCAAACAUAAGAAACAGUUUAAAUCUCUGAUCAAGCAGACAAGGAGUGCAAUGGCUGCUGCAAAGCAGGAGGUAGAUGGAAGUGUACAAUUGCACCCAGCUACCAACCUAUGUCAGGUGGGAGAGGUCAGUAAAACUGGCUGUCAGCAAGAGGAAACAACUCUGUCACAUUUGGAAAGCAGCAACUUAAAGCAGGAAUGGGACAUCAAAUCUUUCCCAACACUCAGCAUUAGUUUGUGCAAGGAAGGAAGGGAAGCAUGUUCAAAAAUGAAAAAAGAUGUCACCUUAAGAAUGCAGACUUGUGGACAGGAGGGACUAAGUACCAAAGAACAUUCUUCAGGAGAACAUAAAAUCUUUGUAGAAAAUGAGAGUGCCUGGUGCCAAAGAUCAGUUAAGCAGCCGGUCGAUAAUUUUAAAACAGUUAGUAGUCACUGUGAAAUGGCAGUGAAAGAUGUCUGCCAGGCUGUGAGCAGCUCAGUAAAUGCAGGUGUACAAUUGACAGAAGCUGUUGAUGUGAAUGAAGUUAAUGAAUAUGAAAAAUUAGACUCGUCGUCAUGCAAGAAACUACCCAAAAUAAGACAUUAUCAGCCAGAUGCUGACAACAUUUCUGACUUGUGCUGCCAAAAUCUGGGUUGCAGUAAGAUCGAAAUGAAUUACACCUGUGAGACAAUGCAAGUGAAUGAUGAAGAUACAAGAGAAGAGGCAGAUUCUGUUGUCUUGGGUAGAUCUGAAUUGGAAAAUUCAACAUUUCAUCUGGACAUAAAAGCAGUUGUUGAAGAGCAAGAAACAGUUACAAAACAAAUAUGUGAGAGAUCCAUUUUGAAAUCAAUGCGGAAGGAAAUGUGUUCAAGUGUUCUGAGCUUUAAAAAGUCUUUGAGAUUUGCUUUGGAUGGAAAAAGUGACCUGCCUUCAGGAAAAAACACCCCGGAGAUUAAUUCUUUCAGUCAGGUAGAGACCUCAAGCAGUUCUAAAAUGCCAACUGUUUCUGAAUUUCCUUUUAGAGACCUAGAUUUUGGAUCAGUUCCUUCAAAAGAACAUGUAUGCAUAUCAGAGGAGAUAUCUAGUGCCCCACAGUCUUUAACAGUGGAUAUACCGUGUACAGAAGACACAACUCGUCAUGAGCCAUCUUUGAUUAGUGAGGGUCAUAAUCUUAGAAGGAAAAGGAGACGAGUUGAAGAGCCAGAGAAAAAAGAUUGCUAUGACAAUCAGUUUCAUCAGGAAAUUGCUUCAGACAAGGAAAGAGAAGAAUCCAGCUUACCUGUUCUCAUCAGGCCAGCUAGAAAAUGUGGAAGACAAACCAAACGUGCACGACGACAAAAGUAGGCCAAGGGCAGAUUUCUUAAAGUCUUUAGCAAGACAUUAACGAUGCUAAAGAGCUUUUAACAUGUUUUUAACAUGCAGGUCUUAAGGGAAGGACCAUAUUGGUCUCCUUUGUAAUGUCCACCCUGACAAAGUUCCUGAGUUCCACUUCUGAACAAUGUUUUAGACUUUAUUUAAUCUAUGCAGCUGAUUUAUCUAUUCAUUCUUAACUUUUGCCAAAGUUGAUAUUUUGGGGCGCUGCAUGGACAUUACCUUGUUGUUUUCCUUCUUUUUUUUGCUUUGUUUUGUGAUGUUUGACCUGGUAUGUUGAAGAAUCUUAUAUUGACUUUAUUAAGACAGAAAACUUGUUGCUCCCUUAUUAAAUAAGUCUGAGUUUUUUAUCAGCUAGGGAUCAGUAGCAUGACCUACAGCUGAAAGUAGUUCUUUCUUUGUGUUUAGUGGAAUAAUCAGAUGUACAGAAAUUCAUUUCAGACAUUUCAAUUUGUGGUAUUUGAAAUUUGCUCACAGAAUUCUGCUUAUGCAUAAGUGUAAGGAGGAAAAAAAUAGCAAAGAUGAAAUUUGUGGAUGAACUUGAGCUAGUAAGAAAUGCCGAAGGUCUGGUAUUGCUAAGUGUUGUACUCACAUCAUGAAGUUAUUUCAAAAAUAAUCUGUGGAGACUUAAAUUUAUGUUCUCUUCUUAAAAAAAUUUUUUCUAUUUUUGCAUUUUUCGUGAUUUAUGAUAUCCAUCGGGGUUUUUUUUUUUUUGUUUUUUUUUUUUUUUGGUGCCGUAAUACAUAAAGCCUCUCUUAAAGGUAAAAGAAAAAAGGCUGUCCUCCAUCCUUUUUGUAAGGUCGUUAGGAGGUGAUGCUGCUGGUGAGAUUUUUAAAGAGUUUCUCUUCUUCAGUCUCUUGGCUGAGCAAUGAGGUUUGAGCAAUAAUCAAACAAAGACGAAGACUAGUCUUUAGAUAUAAUGAUUAAUGAUGUCAGUGUUAUUUUAAAAGUUUAAAUAACUCAGAACUUGUUUUUGCGUCAGUCACACCUGGUCACCCGACAUGCGAGCUGUGGAGACACUGAUAUGGUUUGUUAAACAACUUUGCGUUCUGCAAAGAGUAUAGGACUCUCCUGCCAGGCUGCAAGAACUGGGAGUGUGUGUGUGUCCGAUCAAUCUCCCAACAAAAGAGCUUUUCAUGGGUCUUUGGUUUUGUAUAGCUAUGCCUGGCGUAUGUUACUGAGCCGCACUCGUUGCUGACAGGUAAUUGGGAGAGAUGUAAGGUAUCCUUGGAGAGAUAAGGCGGAUCAAAGAUUGGGAUGAAUACAGCCCCUCCGGUCGACACUAUUUGACAACAGUAUGGACCGAGAGGUGGCACUAGUGUGAUUCUUGUAUAGACAAAGAAUGUAAGGAACAUGUAACAUCAUAAGCCUUUGAUUUUUUACUCUUGAGGAUCAUGCACUUUUUAUGAUUUUCUUAAUCAUACAACUAUUGAUGCCUCCGUUGUUUUUUGUUUUGGCCUAUUUCUGUUCUUCUCGGACUUCGAGAUAAUGACUGGUGACUCGUCUUUUUAAAGGUGUAGUAGUCUUAUGCCACAUUUUGUUCUGAUCAAUCAAGAAUUUAUUUUGCCUCAUAAUGGGAUUUUUAUGUGUCCGGUAUACAGUAAUGCACCACGAAGUUCUUUGGAGGUCUGUCUAAAUUUUAACUCUUAUUUAUCACCAGAAAUAUUAAAGAUGAGUUUAUUUUUGUAACCCUUCUAUAAAUGUAUAAAUGAUUCUUAACUCAUUAGCAAUAUUGUGAGCACUCGGGUAUGAUUUGUCAAAAGGACGUUUUGUGCGUUUCUUCAUUAGGAAAGUGAAAGCGAUCGAGUGUUAAUUUGCACAUUUUAUUUUUGUAAAAUCGCUCAUUUGUGAAAUGGGUCGAUGGCCUAAUCAAUGAUAUAGUUCCUUUGCUUUAAUGUUGCACGGGAAUGUUGCACGUUACUCUUUAAAAUGUGUUCUUAAAUAAAUGCGUCUGUGCGCGCAAUUACCCGC